UAGGACACGUCGAUAAUUGAGGACCUCCCCUUAAAUAUAUUUUACUCUCUUCUUCUUCUUCUUCCUUUCUCUGUGGCCCUCUGUUAAUAAAAGAUUACCAGAAUCUUCUCCUCUCUCUUCUCUUUCUCUCGUUCGUUUCUCUCUCUUCGUGGCGGUUUCCGGCGAGUUCCCACCGGAGCUUCGGCGUCCUCCAGUAAGCAGGACAUUGACCUCCGUCGUCGCGUCAUUUUGGCGUGUUCUUUGAUUUAGGUGCCCGUGCGUGCACACCACGCUAAUUGGGACGUUCCGUUUGAGUUUGCUCCACCCGGUUGGUUUGGCCAUCCGGGAGGUAACCUCCGCGCUUAGGUCUUCGAUUUGCUUGGGGAAAGUAUCGUUUGCAUGUCUAGAUGAGCGUAUUUGGACAAGGUCCUGUGUCUUUUGUGUGUCUAUGGAGGUGGUUGUGUUUGGUGUAGCGUUCUUGAUGAGAUAACUGCCUACUAAAGAUCGGAAGGCUAAAGAAUAUUACGCAAAGGGGAAGCACAUUAUUUGUUGGUCGAGCCAUCUCAUUGCGAUGCUGGACGCUGCGGGAACCGGUAGGGUAAUUGAAUCUUACCAAAACCAGGCAGAACAGCUGCUGAAGGAAUACCUGUUGGCCGAUACUUUCGUUCCCUACACUUCCGUUAUUGGUGGAGUUCUUGCUUGCAAAUUGGUGUAUGACCUUACCCAGUUACUCAGUGCUUUGUAUUUCAAGAGCUACUUGAGCCUCCCAAGUAUAAAGCGGGUGGAGUGGAAUAAUCGGGCUAUAUCAACUGUCCAUGCCAUUUUCAUCACAGCUAUAUCAUUGUACCUUGUGUUCUGGUCAGAUUUAUAUACAACUAGCAGAAUUCCAGCCUAUAUCACCCAUCGAAGUUCUUUAUUGUCUAUCGCUACGUUGGGGGGUUCUGUUGGUUACUUUGUUGCUGAUCUGGCGAUGAUUUUUUGGUUUUACCCUUCUCUUGGUGGAUUGGAGUAUGUGGUCCAUCAUUUCCUAUCUGUUUCAGCAAUAGCAUAUUCUAUGUUGACCGCCGAAGGGCAGCUCUACACUUUCAUGGUUCUGAUAUCUGAGACCACAACUCCAGGAAUUAACUUGAGAUGGUUUGAAGAAGUCCAAAGCGUAUCUUUUAAAUGGAGUGGUUAUAUUUUUGGCAUGGCUGGUAGCCAGAAUCCUCCUGUUCAUUUACAUGUUUUACCAUGUAUCCUUGCAUUUUGACCAGGUUAAGCAGAUGCACGACUUUGGGAAGCUUCUAGUGUUUGGAGUACCACUUGCGCUCUCCAUUAUGAACCUGAUGUGGUUCGGGAAGAUCAUCAAGGGCCUGAGGAAGACUUUAGCGAAGAGGCAGUAAAAAGAUGUAAAGACCAGUCGAUAACUCGUGCUUGAAAUUGUCCUCCCUUGUGUAAGAAAAGUUCGAAGGAGGGCUAAAGACGGACUCAAGCAAAUGAAAUCUAGUUUGAUCUUUGAGAUAGGUACAGGCGUGAUAUUUCUUAAAUCUUCAGUUUCGUUAUAGUCGAUAGUGAACGGAAACCAGAUUGAAACUUGUAAUUAGUAGUUCGAUGAUAAUGAAAGCUGGAUGUGACCAUCAUGGUGUUAGUUACAGUCACGUGAUGUACGGGAUAUACCUUUUCUGGGUUUUCUGUAAGUUUACGUA